CGACGAGGCCCUUGAUGUGAAGUUGGCCUCCUGGCGCCGUCCGCAGGAGCUGCACCGGGAGGCGCUCGCGCAGUGCGCGUGGCGCAACCUGAGCGCGCAGGUCCUCCCGGUGCGUGCUGGCGACGUGGUGCUGUGGCACGAGGCGCUCCUGCACGGCGGCUCGGCGGUGCUGCGCCCGAACGGCACGCGGCGCAGCCUCGUGUUCCACUACAACGCGGCGCCCGAGAGGCCCGACGCCUCCCCCCUCGCGCGGGCGCUGCUGCGCCGGCCGCCGGCGCGGGCCUGGGCGGGCGGCUGUGCGCCCGCCACAGGGUCGGCGGCCCCGGCGGGAGGGGCGUGCGACGCCGGGGAGGGCGCCGCCGCG